UGCGGCAUUCUUCCCCGGCUGGGGAGGCCGGGCCAGUUCUGCUCUUCCUCUCUGGAGGAGAAACCCCAGCUGAAGAGGAAACACUAUGGAGGAAUAGCCAAGAGAGGGCUGAUUAACGGAGUGUUGUAACGGGGUGCCACAACGCGGCAGCCCCCGCCCCCGAGCGGCGCGCGCUGCCGCCUCGGUAGCUGUCAUGGCCGCCCGGCCCACGUGACUCCGGGUCGCGCAGGCCUGGUUUCCUGUCGCGCUAGUUCGAUUGUCCCGGCUCUUCGACUCUUUCCCUUUCUCGUUUGCUAACUCGGACACUGCCUUUCUUCCGUCAGGAGGGCUGCUGUCCAGACUCCGAGAAAUCGGGAAACACCUGGAGAAAAUGACACAUUGGUUUCAUAGGAAUCCGUUAAAGGCCACAGCUCCUGUCUCUUUUAACUACUAUGGCGUAGUCACUAGCCCUGCUGCUUCAAAAAUUUGCAGUGACUUAAGGUCAUCUAGAGCACGGCUGCUCGAGCUGUUCACCGAUCUGAGCUGUAAUCCAGAAAUGAUGAAGAAUGCAGCAGAUUCCUAUUUUUCACUUUUACAAGGUUUCAUUAAUUCAUUGGAUGAAUCUACUCAAGAAAGCAAGUUACGAUACAUUCAGAAUUUCAAGUGGACUGACACAUUACAGGGACAGGUUCCAAGUGCCCAGCAGGAUGCUGUUUUUGAAUUAAUUUCCAUGGGAUUUAACGUAGCUUUAUGGUAUACCAAAUAUGCUUCAAGACUGGCUGGAAAAGAAAACAUAACAGAGGAUGAAGCAAAAGAAGUCCACCGAAGCUUAAAAGUUGCAGCUGGGAUUUUUAAACAUCUAAAGGAAAGUCAUAUCCCAAAGCUUAUUACACCUGCAGAAAAGGGGCGGGAUUUGGAGGCACGACUCAUAGAAGCUUAUGUUAUCCAGUGUCAGGCUGAAGCUCAAGAAGUAACAAUUGCUCGAGCAAUUGAGCUGAAACAUGCUCCUGGACUCAUUGCUGCCCUGGCUUAUGAAACAGCCAAUUUCUAUCAAAAAGCUGAUCAUACUUUAUCCAGUUUGGAGCCUGCGUACUCUGCUAAAUGGAGAAAAUAUCUUCACUUGAAAAUGUGUUUCUACACAGCUUAUGCUUACUGUUAUCAUGGUCAGACUUUGUUGGCUAGUGAUAAAUGUGGUGAAGCAAUCAGGUCUCUCCAGGAAGCAGAAAAAUUUUAUGCAAAGGCAGAAGCAUUAUGCAAGGAAUAUGGAGAAACCAAAGGACCUGGACCAACAGUCAAACCUUCAGGACAUUUGUUCUUCAGGAAGCUUGGAAACCUUGUGAAAAAUACCCUAGAAAAAUGUCAGAGAGAAAAUGGAUUUAUUUACUUUCAGAAAGUCCCAACAGAAGCCCCACAACUGGAACUCAAAGCAAAUUAUGGCCUCGUAGAGCCUGUACCUUACGAGUUUCCUCCGAUGAGUGCGCACUGGACGCCAGAAACGUUGGCUGCGUUUGAUCUCACCAAGAGACCCAAGGAUGACAGUGCCAAAUCCAAACCAGAAGAAGUGGUGAAACCAGUGAAAGAACCAGAUAUCAAACCUCAGAAGGACACUGGGUGCUCCAUCUCCUGAAAUCACUGAUGCAGUGUCAUUUUGAAUUUCUCUACCAGUAGAUAAGAUAAACCAUGGAACUUCAGUGCAUAUUUCUUGAAUCGAUUUCUCAGAAGUCUGUAUUAAUUUAGUACAUUCAGAGGGAAUCUGCCUUCAAUUUAUUUGUUCUUGAUUUUUAAUACAGUUGAGAUGUUUCAUGCUUUGUUUUCAGACUCCUUUGUAAUCUGGAAAGCAUGUGAAAGAUUUUUAUUGAAUCUCUAAAGGGCAUAUUUGGGGGUUGGGUUUUUUUCCCCUGAACUCUGGGUGGUAGUAAGUUUCAGGUUAAUACAUUAUAGACCAGAAUCAUGUGGUUUCAGGUAUUUUUUUCCAUCUUCACAAGAAAAGUUUAUUUUCCUUCCUCUUAUUUGAUACCAGAAGAAUGACAGGAGCCAGGUUUAAACAAAGACAGUUUUUUCUCCUCCCCAUUAUGUUAAUUGUAGCACAGACUUGUUAUGUUCUGAGUCAGUUUCUUUUCUGGUGGGAAAAAAAAUCAUUUUAGAUCUUUAAGCAGAAAAUCUUCAUACCAAAUCCCUCACACAUGUUAGAAUCCAUAAUUUACUCGAAAAUCAGUGUUUAUAGGUGUGUUGAGACCAUUUAAGAACUUACUCCUAUGUUGGUAACCCUGCACUUCAUUUCAGUCUCAAUAAACAAGCCUACAAUAUUUUUUAAAGUACCUUUUCUAGUGGAUUUUUUUACUUAGGUGCUAGAACUUUGUAACAGCUCUUAGUGUUUCUAUAUGUGAGAAGACAGAAUGAAAAUGUUUUUGCAGAAGUCAAAUAUUGCAUGAUGUAAAGAAAUAACUUUAAACCUAAACUUUAAACCUAAGAUAGGGUGUCCUGAAUUACACCGGUAACUCUUUACUUCUUUGUUACAGGAGUUAGAGUAAAAUGCCUUUGUUACUUAAUUUCAGUGUAUGUGGCUUUUAUACGGUGUCCUAAUAUACAUGUACUCUGAGAAUUGUAUUGCUUUAGGUGGAAGGCCAUAACAGAAACUUAGAGAGCCAAUAGAUUCAGUAUAUCUUAAAAACAGCUUGUAAUACUUGAAAUAAUUUAGUAUAUACACAAAUCUGGGGUAUUGUGGAUAUAUACUACUUUAACAAAAUCACACCUAUAGGUUUAUCUUUUGAUUAUUCUCCUGAGGCACUAAUUUUUCUAUUACAAAUGUCAGAUUGGUUCACUUAAUAGAAAUAAUAAUAGUAGUGUACACUGAGCGCUUACUAUGUACCAGGCACUGUGCUGAGCACUGAUAUAGAUAAACCAUUGAUUCCACACAGCAAUCCUGUGAGAAAUAAGUAAAAUCUGCAUAAAGUAUUGAAAUAGGAAUAAAUAUAUCAUUAUGAAGAAUAAAUAGAUUAAGCCUAUUGUGUUCAAAUAAAUGAUUAUUUAAAUCAUAGUUUACACUCUUGAAAAAAAGCUACAUAGAAUCUGAGGGGGUUUUUUUAAUAUAUGGAAAUGCUAAUUACUCCUUGCUAGGUAACAUUUAAUAUUUGAGGCUGCAGUUUCCAGAAUAAGUGGAGUAAUAACUAAACAGACUUUCUAUUUUGCUGUCCGUAGAGAAAAUACUUUAAUUCAGUUUCACUGUAUUUCGUGCGUUCUGUGCCGUUCACUGACAGGACUGUAAACAGCACUUGAUGCCGUUUUCUUCCUCUUGGCCUAUAGGAUCUGUUGAUUUUAGGUACUAGUGCUUUUAGCCUAGUUACUAAAUUUUCACAUUGACAUUUUUGUGGGUCAUGCUACCAUAUAUAGAAAACAUGUAAUAUGCUCAGUGCUCUGUAAAAUGUAGUAAAUACUGGCAUUACAUUUAAUCUAUAAUUGGCAACUUUGACAUAAGCUGAUAAUAAAUACUCUGUUGACUCAGCAAAGGUGGUAACUUUGUGACUAAACUAUCCCAUUAUAUAUAAUAUUCUUCGAACGGCUGUUGGAAAUUUUGGGAGGUUAACAAGUGUAAAGAAGUUGCAUGAAUGUUAUAGAGAGAUGUAACUAUUUGUUGUUAACUAUCACAUACUUAGUUUAAUGAUAAAUAAUGACUGGGUAAUGACAGCUAACAUUCUGCUAAAAGUCUUGUUUGUACAAUGAAUUACCUUUUUAUUUAUGGAAAUAAAAGUAAUUUUACUUACAGUUUCA